CUGAAAUCCGGAAGCUGUCGGGCGACGUUUUCCGCCAGAGUACGACGUACUGAUUUAACACAGGAACGAAAAGGCGGAAAACAACACGACAACUGGACAUAAAAAGACAAACUCAGUGAAGUAUGGACUCUCCAAGCAGAAGUCCCAGUCCCAUUCCUGAGAUGAAGGAACAAAGUGGACCUUCAGAAGAUGAGGCCAGUCCUGCAGCAGAAAAGCCCAAACAGGAGGGUCCUAUAGAGAAAAGCCCAGAACCCCAGACGAAGCCAUCCCGUGAGGCCAGUCCUGCAGCCCGGUCCCGCUCCGGGAGCCCGGCCUCUGGGGGUCCGGCCUCUGGGGGUCCGGCCUCUGGGGGUCCUGCCUCCAGCAGCUCAGACGACAGCACCAGCAGUGAUGAUGAGGAUGAACAUCAAGGGUCACUGCGAAGGCUCAGGAGCAGUGUGGCUCAGAUCAAGAGGUCCAAAUCCAAGUCUAGGUCCAGAGACAGAUCCAUAUCCAGAGACCGAGACAGAUCCAGAUCGGGAGAGGGAGACAGAUCCAGGUCCAAAUCCAGAGACCGGUCCAGGGACAGAUCAAGAUCCAGAGGACGAGAGCGGUCCAGGUCAAGAGACAGAGACCGCGGGCGCUACGACAGAGGACGCCACGAUCGCGAUCGCUACGAUGUUCGCCGAGACGACAGGGACGCGCGUUUUGACCGGCGACCUAACCGAGAUGCAGAGUGGGAGCAGAGGAGGCGAGGGCGCUCCGGAUCCCCGUCAGCUGACAGGGAGCCAGGGACCGCCGAGGAGCCGCCAGUCAAGAAGAAGAAGGAGGAGAUCGACCCGAUCCUGACGAGGACGGGUGGAGCUUACAUCCCCCCCGCCAAGCUGCGCAUGAUGCAGCAGCAAAUCACAGACAAGACCAGCCUGGCCUAUCAGAGGAUGAGCUGGGAGGCCCUGAAGAAGUCCAUCAACGGUCUGAUCAACAAAGUCAACGUGGCGAACAUCGUCUUCAUCAUCCAGGAGCUGCUGCAGGAGAACAUCGUCAGGGGGAGGGGUCUGCUGGCUCGCUCGAUGCUGCAGGCUCAGGCGGCGUCUCCCAUCUUUACUCACGUUUACUCCGCUGUCAUAUCCAUCAUCAACUCCAAGUUCCCUCAGAUUGGAGAGCUGAUCCUCAAACGCCUCAUCCUGUCCUUCAGGAGGAGCUACCGCCGCAACAUCAAGCAACAGUGCCUUACAGCCUCCAAGUUUGUGGCUCAUCUCAUCAACCAGAACGUGGCUCAUGAGGUGUUGUGUCUGGAGAUGCUCACUCUGCUGCUGGAGCGUCCGACUGACGACAGCGUGGAGGUCGCCAUCGCCUUCCUGAAGGAGUGUGGCCUCAAACUGACCGAGGUGUCCCCGCGAGGAAUCAACGCCAUAUUUGAGCGUCUCAGGAACGUCCUCCACGAGUCGGCCAUUGAUAAGAGGGUCCAGUACAUGAUCGAGGUGAUGUUUGCCAUCAGGAAGGACGGUUUCAAAGACCACCCGGUGAUCCCAGAGGGUCUGGACCUGGUGGACGAGGGGGAGCAGUUCACCCACAUGCUGCCGCUGGACGACGAGUACAACAUCGACGACAUCCUCAAUGCGUUUAAGAUGGACCCAGACUUCCUGGAGAACGAGGAGAAAUACAAAACCAUCAAAAGAGAGAUCCUGGAUGAGGGCAGCAGCGACUCAGGGGAAGAUGGAGACGGCAGCGGCGACGAUGAAGACGAUGAAGAAGAGAACGCAGAGCCAACAGAAGAGGAGAAGAUCAUCAUCUACGAUCAGACAGAAAUCAACCUGGUUGCUUUCAGAAGAACCAUCUACCUCGCUAUCCAAUCCAGUUUGGACUUUGAGGAGUGCGCUCACAAACUGAUCAAGAUGGACUUUCCUGAUAGCCAGACGAAAGAGCUGUGUAACAUGAUCCUGGACUGCUGCGCUCAACAGAGGACCUACGAGAAGUUCUUUGGUCUCCUGGCCGGGAGAUUCUGUCUGCUGAAGAAGGAGUACAUGGAGAGUUUUGAGGGGAUUUUUGCGGAGCAGUACGACACGAUUCACCGACUGGAGACCAACAAACUGAGGAACGUGGCUCGACUGUUCGCUCACCUGCUCUACACAGACUCAGUGCCCUGGAGUGUGUUGGAGUGUGUCAGGAUGAGUGAGGAGACCACGACGUCGUCCAGCAGAAUCUUUGUGAAGAUCCUUUUCCAGGAGCUCUGUGCCUACAUGGGCCUCCCCCGACUCAACCAGAGGCUCAAAGACGCGACUCUGCAGCCGUUCUUUGAAGGUCUUUUCCCUCGAGAUAAUCCCAGAAACACUCGCUUUGCCAUCAACUUCUUCACCUCUAUCGGACUGGGAGGCCUGACGGACGAGUUGAGGGAACAUUUGAAGAAUGCUCCCAAGAUAAUCAUGACUCAGAACCAGCAAGUGGAAUCCUCUGACUCCUCGGACUCCUCAUCAUCCUCCUCUUCCUCAUCCUCCUCGUCAGACUCAUCCAGCGACUCAGAUUCCUCUGAUUCUGACUCGAGCAGCAGCUCAGACUCGGACAGCAAACACAAAAAGAAGAAGAAGAAGAGAAAAACCCAAAUUGUGGAGAAAAAGAAGAAGAAAGGUGAAGACAAGAAAAAGAAGAAUAAGAAAGACAAACAGUCGGACAAGAAGCGAGCCGGACGCAAAAACGACGAACAGGACGAGGACAGCGAUGACGAGAAGAAGGCCAAGAAGCAUAAGAAAGGCCGUGCACAGGAAGUGGAGGAGCAUGAGCGUGCACGCGAGAUCGAGGCUCAUGAGCGUGCGCUCGAGGCCCAUGAGCAUGCGCGUGAGGUCGAGGGUCGCGCACGUGAGGUCGAGGGUCGUGAGCGUGCACGUGAGAUGGAGGGUCGUGGUAGAGAGAUGGAGGGCCGUGGGCGCGGUAGAGAGAUGGAGGGUCGCGAGCGUGCACGUGAGGUGGAGGGUCGCGAUCGCGCACGGAAGGUGGAGGGUCGUGACCAUUCACGUGAGGAAGAGGAGCGUGCACGUGAGGGCCCCCGCCGGAACAGACGAGACGAAGGGGAGGAAGAGGAGCGGCAGCAGGAGGACGAGAGGAGGGGGAAAAUGGACGGUCAAGGCCAACAGAGAGACGGAGAGAGGGAGAGAGAGAGGGACGGCGGGAGGGAGAGAGACAGAGAGAGAGGGGGGGACAGAGAGACUGAGGAUAAGAGAGAGAGGGAGGGAGAGCGAGAGAAGCCGAGGGAUAGAGAGAGGAAUAAAGAGAACAGAGACCGGAACAGAGAUGGAGAAAGAGAGGAGAGGAGGAGGAGGUGAAAGUCUUCAUCUGUCGUCCUGAAGCAGCAGCGAUGAGUGACAGACAAGUGAAGUCACCUCGCUCUGUCACUCCGGUGUGGGGAUUUGGGACCUGUCUCUCUCUCUAUCUCUUCCUGUCUCAAUCUGUCUGUCUGUAUUUUCUAUGAAUAUUUUCUUGUUAAUGAUAUGUGAAAAGAAAACAUUAAAGUUGCUUUAGAUGUUUUUAAA